AGUCCCUCUGCCCCAGUGAAUGUAACCGUCAGGCACCUCAAGGCUAACUCUGCAGUGGUCAGCUGGGAUGUCCUAGAAGACGAGGUUGUCAUUGGAUUUGCCAUCUCUCAGCAGAAGAAGGAUGUACGGAUGCUGCGCUUCAUCCAGGAGGUGAACACCACCACACGCUCGUGCGCCCUCUGGGACCUGGAAGAGGACACGGAGUACAUUGUGCACGUACAGGCCAUCUCCAUUCAGGGCCAGAGCCCUGCUAGUGAGCCGGUGCUCUUCAAGACCCCACGAGAGGCUGAGAAAAUGGCCUCCAAGAACAAAGAUGAGGUGACCAUGAAGGAGAUGGGGAGGAAUCAACAGCUACGGACAGGCGAGGUGCUGAUCAUUGUUGUGGUUCUUUUCAUGUGGGCAGGUGUCAUUGCCCUCUUCUGCCGUCAGUAUGACAUCAUCAAGGACAAUGAACCCAAUAACAACAAGGAAAAAACCAAGAGUGCAUCAGAAACCAGCACACCAGAGCACCAGGGCGGAGGUCUCCUCCGCAGCAAGGCCAAGGAGGACUGGGGGAGCCGAAGGGCUGCUGUGUUACAGUCAUGGCUUCAUCAAGUCUCUUCUGGAUCCAGCCAUCAAGGACUUGUUUGUAGUAUGCUACAUACCUUUGCAAGUAUGUAAGAUGUUACCCAUUUGUCUCUUUUGGAAAAUAAGGCAGAGGGCCCCAUUGCAGAGCACAGAGGAUUCUCCCAAGGCCUGAGCUUGUUGCCUGUAUCCUGUCUUCUUUGACCCCUUAUUUUGAUGGUAAGAUCAUCGGUCUAGGAUCUUAAGAAGACAUGGGAGGUAAUGUCUCUUGGAGUCUCAGCAGUGCCAACUUGAACUGAAAGGGCAUAUCCACAAUCUGUAGCCUAAGGGCUGCUAAGCCACCCUUGGGAGCAGAAGCUGCUAGAAGGCAGGCCCCGCCUGUAGCUGUCACUAUUGGCCUUUGGGGUUUUCAUAUCUUGCCAUCUCACCCAGGGUUAUGAGUUCUUCAGGGUCCGCAUGUCCUUCCUGAGAGCCUAAGUGGUGUAAAGUGACAGGUUUCUCUACUGCCCCUUUCUGGUUUAAAAAAAAAAUGGUGCUUGAUGAAGAAAGACACUCUUCCCUGGGACUGACACACAGCUGCCAAAUGUCUGCAUGGGAAGAGGUGGAUUCUGCAUCUUCUACUGGUAGCCAAGGAGGGGGGAAGGAUGUGCCUAGCCCAAGCCUGGCACACAGUAGGCACUCAGUAAUGACAAGAGCACUGGCUCCCCAAGCCAGAGAGCUGAAAGCCAUCACCCUAUGACCGCUCCCUUCCCUCCGGUCUAUAAGAGCUUUCAGGCUGGGUCAGCCACCACUCUGCCUUGUCCAAGUAUGGCAGCAAAGGGGAGGAGAGAUGGAAAGAGAUGUCAGCAAUACUAAGGGCUUCCUCAUGGGAGGGCAUGAGGCUCCACUCAUUGUCUUGUGACUUCCAUCCCUGCUGAAUGGGGCUGCAAGGCCAAGGCUCCUUAAGAGAGAGGUCCUUACCUCUAAUCCAGUUAGAGCAAUAACCACUUUUUAAAUGUAAAAUAAAAAGA